AUGGAGCCGCAACAGCUGAAGAUACGCGAUUACAAGCCCUAUAAGAAGCUCACUCUCGGUCAACGCAUACAAGUGAUUAAGGCCUACGCAUGCAUACCGAACUAUCGACAAUUGGCCAUACAUUUCGGCUGUAGUCAAAUGCAGAUCAAGAGUAUUAUGGCCAGCAAGGAUGAACUGCUGCAAAGUUAUGAGCGUAAACGUGCGAAAAACCUCAGCACCGUGGAGGACAAUUCGAAUGAGGCGAAAAUCGAAUUACUCGGCAAGGUAGUCUUUGAGUUUCUGCUGCGCGCACUCAAUCUACGCAUGUCAACCGAUGCGACGGCCAUACGACGCAAAGCGUUGGAGGUGAAAGAGGCACUGGGCAUUGAGAAUUUCACACCGAACGAUGCCUGGUUGCAUGCUUUCAAACUAAAGCAGAAUCGCUUGGAUCACAUGCAGAUGAUGGAACAAUUGGAGCACGAUAUGGAUAGACGACGUUCAUUGGAUUGCAAUGAUAUUAUUGCUUAUGUGCGCGAGCAGGAGCGUGAGGAGCAGCGCAAGUUGUUGGCCGAAGAUGAACGCAUUGCUAUGCUGAGUAAAGCGUAUGAGGAGUUGUGUAAAAGUGAUAAUGUGGAAGGUGCGAAAACUAAAGGGAAAACUGCUAACGAAGCCACUACAACAAAACCCCAAAGACAGCUGAAAGACAGUAUCGAAGCACUUUUUAUGAGCAUAAUGUCAGAUGUGAAAAAGUCAAGCGUGGAAACGUCUCGGACAAAAUUGAGAACAUAUGAGCGUGUGAAGCAGCAGGAACCCGCUGAAAUCAAUAUAAAAACAGAAGCUGCGGAGGAGAGCUUAGUGUCCAUAGUAAAAGUUGAAACCACCGAUAUUAGCGAUAACAACAGUAUGACAACUCAAAAACCAACAACCAAACAUAAGCAACGUAACGCGCGUAUAAGUAACUAUAAGGAGGCGCUGCGUUAUUUAAGAGUUUUAGAGAAUUUCGUCAUGACUGAGGAGAACUAUAGCGCGCUUAGCUUGAUAACACAAUUGGAGUAUAUAUUUAGGAAUGCGGUCGAUUCGAAUACUUAA